AUGAAGAACUUAACGCUCAUUGCACUUGUGUUAGUAGUUUUGGCUGUGUGUGUCCAUGCGGCGCCUGGCGGUGGCAAGGGCGACGGAGGGAAGGGCAAAGGUGGUGGCAAAGCUGGUGGAGGUGGCGGAGGAGGCAGCAGCUCGGGCAGUGAUAGCAACAGCAGUGAGAGCAAUGAAGACAGCGGCAGUGGCGGCAAGGGCAAGGGAGAUGGCGGAAAGGGGAAAGGUGAUGGCGGCAAGGGCAAAAGUGAUGGCGGCAAAGGGAAAGACGAUGGCAAGGGGGAUGACAAAGGAUAUGGCAAAGGGUACGGUUGGGGGCGAUAA